CUUGUUUUCCAUUAAGUUCGUUUGUGUAUCAGCAGCAGCAUGACCUUGAUGAUUCUUCGCUGGUAAUGAACCUGCUCGAUCCUUUGUGUUCCCUUGGCUUGUCACUGCUCCCCAAACACCUACUUGCUCCGUAUGUGGUGUCCGGGAUUCCGAGGAUUGGCACGCGGUACUAAUGACCUACGGACAUGCCCUGUGUAUAGAGAUUUCAGCUCCAAUCAUCCCAGUGACAAGGAGAGUAUCGUACAGCGUUUGUCAGUGGUGACCCUUCCAUGCCCCUCACUUAUCCCCUUGACGCGCACCACCCUGCCGGACGCACAACCUUCAGUUCACAUGCACCAGACGUCCAUCGCGGGUGCACAGCAACACGCUCUAGUGAACAGUCUUUCCACAGUGUUUGGACUCUGCUAAGGAGUUGUGUGAAACGCCACUGUGACAGGUGGAGGGACAACAGGAUGUCAGGGGCGUUGCGAUGGAGCUCCGUGGUAGUGGUGGUGGCGGCGGCGGCCCUGUGUGGAGCAACUGGUCAGGAGAUGCAGCCGCGACGGCAUAUAGGACAGAACAUGGAUGUGGCGGCGCAGGGAGCGGGCGUACGGUCUGGGAUGCGCGUGUAUCGGGGCCCACAGGUGCUUGGGGAAGGUGGCCGUCUGAUGACCCGUGAGGAACGGCGGCGCCUGAGAGUGGAAAGGCGGCAGGCGAGGAAGGAGAGGCGGCGCCAGAAGCAUGACGGUAGGAGAGAGGAGGCUGAGGCUGUGGUCGAGGAACCAGAAGAGGAGGUGGACUUGGUGUGGCUACGUGCUAACUUGUCCUCGCUGUGGGAAGAGUUCCGGGCCUUCACACGCCUGCAGGAAGGCCGAGGCAGCGGCCAGCGGGGCUAUACCAGUCCCCCGGAAGAGGAGCAAGUCCCGCUCUGCACACCAGAAGUGGAUGGCUGCCGGGAUUCUGAGGACGGGGAGAUAUGCAGCAACCAUGGCACGUGUCACUGCGGUCACUGCCAGUGUCAACCCGAGUAUUACGGCAGGACGUGUCAAUGCAGUGACCACACCUGUCAGCUGUAUGAUGGCAUGCCCUGUGGUGGGCCGAGCCGUGGCCAGUGUCGGUGCGGGAAAUGCAUGUGCCGCCCUGACCACGGGGGUGAGGACUGCAGCUGCCCGACCCACACCCACGCCUGCAUCAGCCAGGGCGACAACACGGUGUGCUCCAACAAGGGAGUGUGCGAGUGUGGCAGAUGUCGCUGCGGGGACGGGUACAAGGGAAUGUACUGUGAGGACUCGGUGUAUGCAGCGCGUGUGUGUGAGACUCUGAAGGCGUGUGUGCUGUGCAAGGCGUGGGGGCGUGAGCUGGCCAAAUGUGAACAGUGCCAAAUUACCAUCAGCAUCGUCGACAUGCUAGAACCCUCGAUGACCACCUGCGUGAUGGUCAACUCUGGCUGCAUCCUCAAGUACUCUUAUGUGCCUCAGGCCGCCAAUGUGUACUCCGUGUUGCUGGAGAGGAACAACGAGUGUCCUCCCCUCAUUGAGUGAGAAGAGAGUGCAGUGGCCAUGCGUUGAGAUUACAUGAAGAGCUUGAUGGAGGACAGCAAAAGUGGUGCCAUCUAGACAGACAUCCAGACCGAGAGAGAGAGAGAGAGAGAGAGAGAGAGAGAGAGAGAGAGAGAGAGAGAGAGAGAGAGAGAGUGUGUGUUAUCUUUUCUGAACAGUGCAUCCGGUAUGUAUCACACACGCACUUGGACUUUGAAUGUAUUUUUGGUGAAAAAGAAAUAUACAUGAAUGAAUGUUGUACAGGACUUUUAGUAACUAUUGGUAUUACCUGUGUUGUCAAUAAUAAUAAUAACAAUAAUAAUAAUGAUAAUAUAAUAAUAAUAAUAAUAAUAAUAAUAAUAAUAAUAAUAAUAAUAAUAAUAAUAAUGUGAUUACAAUAUAAUGACGUGAUAUUAUUAUAAUGUUUCGUGAGGAUGGCAGUCCGGAUGUCCGGUUCAAGUUUUACUAUUAUUAAUAUUACUUCGAAAAAUCCACAUCGGAAAGAAAUGGGUUUAAUUGUGUUGUUUCUAUACCCCCACCAAUCAACUCAUGACUUCGAAGAAUUGGGCCACGGGUGCCUUGAACAUAAGAACAUAAGAGAAGCCGCAAGAAGCCAUCAGACCAACACGUGGCAGUCUCUGCUGAAGAGACAAUCAAUAGGACACUCGAGACUGUCACUGUAUUCUCAAGCCUUUCAGUGUCUUAUGUCGACUACUCUAAACAGGCAAUGUUAUAUCCCUUGCUAUCGUUCUACUGUUAUUAUUUUGUUCACUGCUCUGAUCUUGGCAACUGCAUCACCCUAUCGACCCUUCCGAGGCAAAACUUUCUACUUAUCCUCACCCUCCUUACCAGUGCAAGAAUUAACUAGUACUAUCACUUUUCGAUCUUUUUCACUAAUAAAUCCUAGAGCUCUCUGCC